CCAGACUCAGGAAGGACAUGCUCGAGAAGAAGAUCUACCCGCAACUGGGUAAGGUCAUCCAGUCCGUACUAGACGCGGCUGAAUGCAAGGACCUGAAGUUCCUGGACACCGCGAACCACAAGGCAAAGGAUGGGAAUAGCGGGAGAAAGGACACGUUUAACGACGCAGGUAUCUAUCUGAACACGCCACUGGCGCAGGAGGCGACGACGUUUACGACGGAGCAUUGGAAGAAGAGCAAGAUGAGCGAGAAGGAGCUGGAGACCCGGCAGUUGGGGCUGCGGUCAUGGCACUGGAUGGACGUCCCCAUCGAAGUGAAGGGGAAGGAGGAGGGAUCCGCGUUCUACUUCAGGUCGAAGCCAAAAGGGGUGUGGCCAGAGGGCGAGAUGCACGAGGAGGCCGACGACGGCGAGGACGUUGAGGAGGGUAGUGAGGUGGAAGACGAAGAUGCUGACGAGUCUGGGGAAGAAGAAGCAGAUGAACAGCACGGAGCUCAGUACGGCAUCGACAAACGAGAGGAGCAAGAAGACUCCCAGGCGAAAUCCACCGACGCGCCUGAGCCAGAGACCGUGAAGAAGCACGUUCCGCCGUUCAUCAAGCUGUCCGAUAAAGGCGAGAAAGCCCUGGGUCAGUUCAUCGAGUACAUUCUCAACGUAUUCAAGUACCAGCACCGCACCUUCUGCUACGCCGUCUACGUGUGCUACGACAUGGCCCGCCUCCUCUUCUUCGACCGGUCUGGUGCCUACGUCUCGGAGCCGUUCAGCUGGAGGAAGCCGACGUCGCUUCUCCACGAGUUCGUCUGGAAGCUUGCGAAGCUCGCGAAGGCGGGAUUGAAAGAAUCGAUGGGGCGUGACACUACGGCCAAGCUAAUGGACGAAGAGACACGGAGGAGGUUCCUCGACGAGGCAACCAACGCGGAACUGCCCUCUCACGUCCGGAAGGGUCUCGAGAAGGCGGCGGAGGGGAACUGUCCAUUAUACGAGCUCGAGAUUGAGUAUACGCCUCCGUCGCUCGAGGAGUGGUUCCCCGGCGAACCAUUACCUGAUGAUCCACAUCCCUCACCAUCUGCACCCCCCGCCCCCUCUUCUUCGACAAGCUCCGCCUCCCCGUCCUCCAGCAAGAGCAAAGCUGAUCCUCCGGUCCGCAAGUUCAUCGUUGGCCGCCCACACUUUUCCGCGGACGCCCUCGUCGGUCGGUGCACGAAGGGCUUCAUGGCCUUCGACGUGACCAAUCGGAAGAAGUGGGUCCCUUGCUUCGUGAAGGACUCUUGGCGUCCGUAUGUUCCAGGUCGCACACGGCCGGAACACUUGGUCUACGAGCGGCUUCAACGGAAGGGCGUGAAGCCUGAGGAUGGGAUCGCGACGUUGAUCUGCGGCGGCGACGUCGGGGGCAGUAAUGCUCAGUGCACUGAGGUUCAAAAGGAUCUGCCCUCCAAGAACAGACCGGUUCCCCGCCGUCAUUAUCGGAUUGCUAUUGCGGAGAUCUGUUUGCCCGUCUCGGAGUUCGAGAGUUUCGGGGAGCUCGCCGGGUUCGUUGCAGACGCUCUCACAGCUCAUUGCAAGGCGUGGGACCUCGCGGGGGUCAUUCAUCGUGACAUCAGCGUGGGCAACAUCAUGAUCCGCGUUGAAGAGAACGGGGAGAGGUUCGGCAUCCUGAUCGACUGGGAUCUGUCCAGACUGCAGUGCGAGCUUGGACAAGGUGCAGUGGAGCCCGACAGGACGGGAACUUGGCAAUUCCGGUCAGCCAUGUCUCUCAAAUACCCAAGGAAGCCUUAUCGUCGGUCGGAUGACAUCGAGUCCUUCAUCCACUGCUACAUCUAUCUCGUCCUUCGCUACCACCCCACAAACAUUGGACUUCGGGAGAAGAUCGAGACCCUCUUCGAAGGUUGCUUCAUAGUUGGUGGCGUGCAGAUUGGCGGGGAUGCCAAACAUGCAAUGCUCCGCAGCGGUUCGGUAGGCUUCCAGCUCACGGCGAAUCCCCAUCUCCAGGCACUUCUAGAUGAAAUUGUGCUCUGUUGCAAGUGGGCCUACGACGUGAUUGAUGACCACGAGAUGGAUCGUUUAUACGGCCCUAUCGACGUCGUCGCUCAAUCACAACCUCCCGCACAGCCACACGCUCCGACAAAGGUUGCCCAUGCGCCUCGGAGGCGUCGAUUUGGAUUUGCCAGCGACCAACUGCAACUCGCCGUCAAUCGCCUAGCAGCCCGUGUCAAUAUGGGGAGCUCGAGGCCGCCAGAUUCUCGUGCAGAACCGUUCCAGAUGGGGUCGUUCCUGUCCGACCCCAACGAAUUGAUCCAGUUACUUUACGCACACUCCGAGACAUCAAUCGACUUCGCCGACAAGGCUCCCGACCAGUUCUCCAUUAGGCAGCAUCAGGAUGUCUACCGAGCACCAGACCCUCCGGCCUUGCGCGGUAUCGGUAAGAUGUCUACUGGUGGAACCGCCCUCUCGGAUCGCACGUCCCAGGACAUUCGUAUCGCCUUGUCUCAUGAAAAGGUCACGACGGCUCGUCGACUGGAUAUUGUCGGCAUCCCAUCGUCCUCCAGCUCAUCGAAGAAACGAGCGCACGUCGAAGAUCUGACGGACAACCUGGCAGACGACGAAGAAGAUGAUGACGAAGAAGGUGGUUCUUCCGCUGUACGUCGUAGCAAGCGUAUCAAGGCCGCUAAGGGGAAAGCGCCCUCAGUACAAAGCGGCACGGCCAAACGUCGCUGAUCCUGCCUUCGGCCUCUCGUGCUGUCGAGUGGGACCGUCGUUCUCCGCUUUAUCAUCUCCUUGUCUUCUAUUGGUCUCAAUUUCUGUCCGCCAUCUCGCUAUUUCAUCCGUCUUCCAUCCGAUUCUGUAUUGUGUAUCGUUUAGUUUCACCAUGUUUCACUAUCUAUUAGAAUACACACCAUAAUGU